ACGUAUCUCAGCAGAAAUUUUGGUUUAUCGCGCUUAUCAAAUAAGAACACCGAAUUGAAACAAAACAGAUUUUGAAUGAAACUUUGAAAGUUUAAAUCAGUUCAAUAUCACACUUUUCUUCUUAAUUUCAACCGGUUUCAAAAAUCUUCUUAUGAUGCCGACUGCAAAUCAACUCAACGUUAAUACAGGAUCAGCGGAAGAGGCUAACAAAGUUCGUAUUUGUGUUAUUGGGGCAGGUCCUGCUGGUCUGAUGACCUUGAGAGCUCUGCAGAGCCUAGACGUGAACAAGUUCGACGUCACCUGCUAUGAGAGAUAUGCAGAAGUUGGAGGAAUGUGGAAUUUUCGACCUGUAGAAGGAUUGGAAGAAGAUGGUAUGGAGCGACAUUCCACAGCUUACUACGGUCUGGUAGCCAACAGUUCCAAGUACUUCGAGGAGUGUCCCGAAUUUCCCUUUCAUAAGUACGAUGCCAGUAAAGACACCGGGUUCGAAUGUUUUCCCAGCUGGGACGACAACGUCCGAUAUAUGAAUGAAUUUACAGACCAUUUUGGUAUUAGAAAGAACAUCCGUUUCAAAUCAUGGAUUGAAUCCGUCAAGUUCAAUUCACAAGCUGAAAAAUUUGAUGUAAAAGUGAAAAAUUUAGCAGAGGAAAACGGGCGGGAUGUUCUAGAAGUUUUUGAUUACGUAAUCGUCGGCACUGGACAUUAUCAUGAACCAAACUACAUUACCUACCCGGGACAGGAAACGUUUCCAGGGAAAAUUUUACAUGCUAAAUACUUCCACGAUGCUGAGAGAUACAAUGGAAAAAGAGUUCUUCUGGUUGGCUCUAACUUCUCAGCUGAAGACUUUGCUUGUCUGUUGGUUAAGGCACAAGCUGCCAAGGUCACAGUGAGUGCACGUACACAGCCAAUUAUGAUAGGACUCCCUAAAGAGGUGGAUCUGAAAAGGCCUGUCAAGAACAUCGAAGGAACGACCAUCAAUUUCGAGGAUGGCUCCUACGCCGAUUAUGACAUUAUAAUACUUUGCACUGGCUAUCUGUACCACUUUCCUUAUUUGGAAGAGUCGCUGCGUCUGAAAACGAAGUGCAAGAUGGCAGUUCCUCUCUACAAACAAGUAGUGUUCCCCAAGUGUCCUAAACUGUUCUAUAUUGGUAUGCAGAAUGUCAUCUACAGUUUCUCGAUGUUCUGGAUCCAGGGUCAUCUCUGUGCCCAUAUCAUAAAUGGUAUGGUCGAAAUACCCUCCCUUGAUGAAAUGGAAAAAGACAUAAAAGAAGCCGAAGAAGAUGAAGCCAAAAUAGACUCUCUUUUCGGAGUUGUCGACUUCCAGACCCAAUACGUGCAGAAGUUGGGCGACCUGCUGGGCAAGCCGAACAUGGGUAGAAACCACAUAAUGUGGGAGACGAUAAGAGUGCGUGAUUUUGAUAUUACCAAAUAUAAGGAGACCACCUCAAUCGGAGCUUUAGUGGGGCGACUUUAAAUGCAAAUUUUAUACAAUCAGGACUGUUUCUAACCCAUUAACCCCUUAUUUGAAAAUUAAAAUUUGAUAAUAGUCUUAUGUACA